AUUCUUCUUUUUUUCGAUUUUGUGAAUUGAAAUAUUUUACUUGACGAGUUGGAAAUAUUGCUGCUGGGAGGUUUAUUUAUUUAUUUAUUUCCAAUGGACAAUGAGCAUUGUCAGAAUCACGAAGUGGGGAGGAGAAUGGAAGAGAGAUGAAACCAGAUGCAACUGAAGCUCAAAAUGCUACCAUAGCUCUGCGGUCAGUGGAGAAUUCAAAUUUGGUGAUUUCCGGUCCAGAGAUCGCCUUAUCAGAAAAGGUCGUUACAUCUAAUUCAUCAGUCGAAGUGGAGGGGCAUUAUGGGUUAUCGACAACGGAGGAAAAUGCUGAUACAAAGCGGAAUGGGAAGUCAGAAACCAGCAAUGGAACAAAUAAAAGCUGGGAAUCAUCGGAAUUUGGGAAUGCAGAUUCCGAUGAUUCUUCUGCUGCCUUAGACAAGAAGCAUGUUUGGUUAGAUGGUACUUUGCCAGAAAUUAGAGCUGAAGGAACCAACAAUGGAGAUGCUGCAGCUCAAUGAGAAGUUUGAUACUCCAUAAGUUUGACUCACAUCGUUCGUUAUUAUCAGUUUUCUCGACUAGAGCGGUCUGCUUGAUUCUGUUGUGAAUAUAAUUCUAAUGUCUAACUAAUAUGGUUUCUACUUGAGAUUAAAUUCUUUACACCGCCGGUGUAAACAUUUGUUUCCUCCAAAUCAAUUAUAUUGUGCCACGUCGCCAUUUUUAUUGAUUAAGACCACUGUUUUGUAACGUGGCGCGAUGUAAAUAAUUUAUUCUCUUUCUA